GCGAUCAGACGCAUCAAUUGGCGGAACCGCGUCGUUUGUCCAGGCUGCCUGACUCGCUGCUCUGUUACUUUUGUUUUGCCGGAGCGUCCUUUUCCGCUUAGGCACACAAAAAAAAAAAGAUACAAAAAAAAAGAAAAGAAAUAGAUAAAGAACAGUUGAUCAGGUUUGACAGAACAGACAGCCGGUGUGAAUUCAUGUCUGUAUUUUCACCGCAGAUAUUCUGCCCAGUGUUUGUGCCCGUCCCAGAUAUGACUGAGGUGAUGAUCAGUAACACCCCCAUGGAGGACAUGAGGCUCAGCCCAAGCAAGGACAGACUCUCCUUCCAGAUAUUUCCAGACCCCUCGGACUUCGACCGUUGCUGUAAGCUUAAGGAUCGCCUCCCAUCCAUCGUGGUGGAGCCAACAGAAGGAGAGGUGGAGAGCGGAGAGCUUCGCUGGCCUCCGGAGGAGUUCCUCGUCAGCGAGGAGGAAGAGGAUGAAGAGGAGCCGGGCGACUGCAGCAUGCAAAAUGGACAGCCGGCACAGAAUUCCCAGCACUAGAGGCCGGGCGAUUCAGCACCAUGUUCACUUUGCUAUUCGGUUCCGAGGGACGGUACUUUUCACACAUUGAUCACACUUCACUGGAGCACUCCAGCACAUUCGACUGACACGUCCAGUGUCUUGUGAUGCCAUCUCUCCAUGACACAUGACCCUUGACACAAAUGUACACAUCCACCAAAACGGGGGGGACUUUCCCUGUUUUAGUACAUGGAAUAACUCCUCUCCUAGUUUGGACAUCUUACCAAAAUGGAGGUUGAAAGAUCAGUCUACAUCCCUCGCCUACUUCCCACAGUGUCCAUCGUCACGUGUGUGUGUGUGGAGUCCAAGCCGAUGCCCUGCUCAAGAGCAGCAGCUUAGUGCUUCAUGAACAGCUCUUCCCCUGCAAGAGUCCCUGCUGCUCUUAUUUUGAAAUGGCUGGCAUCAUGACCCCAGAGUCUUUAUACCAGUGUGCAGAUCAACUGUGGUACCUGUGUGGAGUUAAUGUACAAUGCACUGUUCUGUUUUUCUUUUUUUAUUAUUAUUGGUAUAAUUAUUGUUGCCACUGCUGUCUGUAGAUGUCUCCUUGACGUAAAUGGUGGUUGUCUUUGAGAAGUGGACAUUCUGUGGAAAGUGUUUUCUCUGCACAGGAUUUGCCUUGGUUAUACUUGCAUAACUUAGUUGUUGGCAAGUUGGGGCAGAAAAAGGAAAGUUUGCAACUGAUGAUUUGCUUUGCAGGCUAGAUGUGCACUGAAACCGGAGUUAUGCUAUUAAAUCUGCAAUCACACUUGCCUCCAAGAAGCAGCGCUUGGAUGACAAAGGAAAAUGCUUUAAGGAUGAGCUUUUGGGGAGGGGGGGGGGGGGUUGGGAUUAAGCACUUGAUAAAAGGAAUGUACAGAGCCAAUGAAGGAUGUGUAAAUACAUGUUCUUAGUAAGCCAAGCUGAGACUUGGUGGUGUGAUGAGUUGACCAUAUUUUCUAGUCUUCCUGUUUUUAAAAACAGCCAUACUUUUGAUGCCAUAUGGUUCUGAUUCACUGAAAAAA